AUGGCCGUGAACUGUCUGGCGGUCGGAAGCACCAGCACUUCUUCCCACUGCCACUAUGAGGUGCAGACUCUUCAGAGAUUGGUACAGUAUUCGCCGCAGUCUGCCAACGAAGUCCGGAGGCUCUUGGGCGACACGAUGAUGCACUUUGCUCCAGAUGCACGGGCUACCACACGGCUCCUCAGCAAGCUGGCCAAGGCAGGCAAGAGCGAAGCUGCAUUGGCGUUUUUGCAGUGCUGCCAGGAAGUUGGGCUGGAGGCGAACGUAUUUCACUUUGCAGCCGUGCUGCGUGCUUUUGCCCAGAGCAGUGGCUGGGAUGCCGCUUUGGUCCUUCUGGGAGACAUGGAACAAAAGUCAGUCCGGAGCAACGUGAUCGCGCAGAGCUGCGCCAUUACAGCCUGCGAGAAAGGGGGCAAGUGGGUGGAGGCCCUGGUGCUUCUGAAAUCGAUGCGCAGCUCUACAAUGGAACUGGACACCGUCGCCGUUAAUUCGGUCAUAUCUGCUUGCGAAAAAGCGGGCCUGUGGCAGCUGGCGCUUCGUUUACUGAGUGUUUUGCAGGAGGAUAGCCUGGAAGCCAGCUGCGUGUCAUACAGUGCUGCGAUCAGUGCUUGUGAAAAAGGUACGGCCUGGACCCAGGCACUGAAUUUGCUCGAUGCUAUGGCAACAGAAAGCAUACAGGUGAACACCAUCUCGUGCAGUGCUGCAAUCAGUGCAUGUGCAAGGAAGGGCGAAUGGACACAGGCAUUGCAGAUCUUGAACCAGAUGGCGCGCAUGGAAGUUGCCAUCAACGAAGUUGCAUUAAGUGGAGUCGUCAGCGCGUGCGAGAAAGCAUCUGCAUGGCUAGAAGCAAUGGCCCUUCUUCAAGCCUCGAGGCCAAUGAGUGUCUCUCCAGAUACCAUUUUCUUCUGCGCAGCCAUCACUGCAUGUGCAAAUCGCGGCGAGUGGGCGCAAGCGUUGGGGCUCCUACACUCCAUGGACCAAGCCGUGGUGGCCAAAAACCUCAUCACCUUCAAUGCCGUCAUCAGUGCCUGUCAUGAAGGAGGAGAGUGGCAGAAGGCGCUCGACCUCUUCGAGACCUGCGCGUCUGCGAGGCUCAAGAGAGACAUUGUCACCUACAAUGCCACGAUCGGUGCAUGUGGACAAGGAGCACAAUGGGAAACCGCACUUUGGGCAUUGAUGGUGGCACAAGAGCAGAACUUGCUGCCAACCGUAAUCACGUGCAACUCUGCGAUCCUGGGUUGUGCACGAGCCCGCAGCUGGCAAGCUGCACUUUCACUUCUAGGAUCGUCGGCUUUGCACCAAGUUCGACCGAACGUAAUCAGCUACGAAGCGGCAGCGCUGGCUUGCCAAGCUUCUGCUAGCCUUUGCGUGCUUUUGUCGGAGGUGUUCAACCUUGGCAU